GCCACGGUGACGGUAUGUGCCGAGCUGAGGAGAAGGAGUCUAAAAAAGAUGUAGUCUUCAUUCAGAUCGUGGUAUGCGCCCCGUCAACGUGAGAGUUCUUUCGGGGUUGUGCUGCGUGUGUGCGUGUGUUCCUCCAUGUAUGUGUCCAAGGGAGUUGAGCCAAGUGAAUACAGAGGAAGAAAAAGGCCCCGGCGUUUGUCGCCGGGGCGGGCGUCCGUCCCCGCGGGUGUUCGUCGCCCGGAAAAAUUCUUCUCCCUCGUGUUCUUGUGAUUAUUUGUCAAUCCUUGGUUCCAACAUUUGGUAUCAUGAGCUUGGUUCUCUUGGUGAUGGUUCGCUAUGUAGGAGGCGUGCCGGCGAUGACGGUGUUCAUUGGCGGCUGCGCGAAGCUCCGGGCCGUGUGUCGGCCUAUGGAGGUGCGCGGCGCUGCAACUGUCAUGGCGGACGCUGAGGUGGUGCACGGUGAGUCUGCGGCGAGCGCGGUGGCCGCAGAGGCGCUGUGUGGUGGUGCAGAGGCCGCGGACAUGCGGCACGGUGUGGCGGCAUGGAGGUGCUGCGCGGCGACGGAGGCCGCAGCAGCGCGGUGCAACACCAUGAAGCGGCGUCCAGGAAGUCUCGCGUUUGAGCGCGACGACAUCGACGGCGUUUUUGCUGAGAGACGCUAGACAUAUGCUGCCGGUGAAGAAGGAGCUCGGUGUAUGUCGUCGAAGAUGAAGAAGUAGGCACGAUGGUAACAUACGUCAAUGUGCCAGGUCGAGUUCGUGGUGGUGGCGACCGGCUUCAGCGCGCCAGGUUGAGUCCGCGGUCGUAAUGAUGACGACGAUGAUGGGAGCUGCGACAACUCCAAUGAUGACAAGUCAGGAUUAGGAGGGAAAGUGUAAGUAGUAAUCUUAACAUGCAAGAUUGUUAGUUGGAUGAGUUUAGUUAGUCGGCGUUGUGUGUGGAUGACGCACUGA